ACGUCUUUCUCACAAAUACCUGCCUUCGUGUUAUUUCAAGUCUUAUUUCCAUGGCGCGAUUCUGUGCACCAGGUAAUCCUCACUAUGUCUCAGCAACAAUGUUUCAAACCACUCGUAAAGCUUCGAGCAAGCAUAAGGCCAACUCGAUGCAUAAGGCCAAACAGAUAACCAAUGAACAACAAAGAUUGCAGGAGAAACGUCGAAAGUGCCGGAAGAACUUCAAAGGACCUACAUACGCAUAUGUCGGCAAUCUCACUCCGAGGGUUACCUCUUUAGAGGUGGAGAAGGUGUUCAAACGUCACACUGUCAGCAGUGUCGAUAUCAGAUGCGGUGGUUGUAUACCUAUAUUCAUCCGCGACGGGAGUGAGUUACCCAAAGGUAGUGUCAAGCCUCGCCUUUGGUCUGAAGAUUGGCAGGUAAUAAACCAAUUCAGCAAGCCCCCUUAUGAUACAUGCGCAUGAGUAUUCUAUGAACAACCCUAGUUGUGCACAAAGUUUCAGGUUCUAGGGUCUGUUGUACACAAUAAACAAUGUCGCGUUUCUUGAUCUUUGUCAAUGGGUGGAUAGGCUAAAUAUAGCUAAUCACGAAGU